CAUAAAUUAAGUGGCUUUCCAACAAUUUAUCAGUCAUUUCAAGGAUUGAUAUCACAAUCCACACAGGUGUUGCCAAAGUUCAUUUUCGGUUUCUCUGAUUGCUAUGGCUAACAAGAGGUUGGUCAAGUUGCUGUUAUUGAUGAUGCUCUUCGAGCUCCUAAUUUUUCCUGCCGAUGUGGCAUCGUGGUGGCGGAGGCGGAGGCGCCGCCGCCGCCCUGUGUGUAGUUCACAUAGACCUACAGGCGUCAGAUGGGUUAACAAAUGGCAACGAAAUUUCAAAUUCGAAUGUAAUCAAAACGGAAGAUCCGUGAAACUCUGGAAAAGUAUACACAGAAAUUGCAAAGAAGACCGUAUUCACAGUUUUAAAUGUAAAGUUGGUCCCGACCCGCGUCACAGAAGCAGUGACUGUGCCUGGGAACAUUUCGCGAACAGCUACGACAGGCCAGUGGUCUUCAAGUGUCCUCACAAUGGCUUUAUAACAGGAAUCCGCAGCGAAUACAGCGCUCAUAACAAAGAUCGGAG